CCCAAUUAUCAAAAUCAUGCACCAUAACCGAUAUUUGCAGUCCCAUCCAGCCGUCGGGACUCCGAUCAACCUCCUCCCCCGUCUAAUUAUUUCUGGACCCUUCCUCCAUCCUCCCGUGAUGUCGCACCCAUUUCCUCUCCGAAGCAUACCCGCCGAUGGAACCUCCCCUGCAUUUCCAACAAACCCUAAUCUCACAUCCAGCAACAAUAACCUCAAGGCGAUGCGGCAGCAAUGGGAGGAAGCUGCUCGAGUAUGGCUUUCCUCUCUUCCAGACCGCCGCGACCCUUCGGCUAGCGAGAUGGACGUCUGGAUCGAUUCCAACUACUCCUCCAUACCAAAUGAUAUUCGAUCUCUCCCUCGCAGUGAUCUUUACCAGCGGAUCCUCUCUCUCAGCUUCGCCCUCCCGGUUCAUUCUCAGGCGGCGCGGAUGGGCCGAGCGGAGUUCCCUUAUAGGUUCCAGAGGACGGACCAGUGGCGGCCGGUGUACUCGUGGCUGGAGUCGAUGGACAAAGAUAUGAUUGUUAAUUCGAAGGAGAUUACGGAAUGGUUGUCUUUGAACACAGAGUUUAGGGAUAAGUUGCUUGCCAGGCAUUCUAAGUAUCAUUUGAUGCACUACAUACAGAAACUUCACCUCAAGUUGUUGAAGAAGAAGGGGAAGUUGCCAAAGGGCAUGCUGCUAUCUGCUGCAAGGGCUUCAGUAAAGUCAGCAAAUGGUGGUGUUAAAUUUCGAGAUGAUAAUUCCUUAUGCAAAGCUUCAGCUGACACACUGAAAGACGACGGCGUGUUUCAAUCAAGGAGAAAUGAUGCUUUUCUGCGGUAUGAACUUUUAACUGAUUUGCAGGAACAGCUGACGAGCAUCCUUAAGAAGCACAACGAAAACAGCAGUUCUAUUAAGGAUUAUAAGCCAUCUUUUAAUAACCAAAAGCAAGAUUAUACCUCUAAUCAAAGGAAUGAAGGCGAUAUUAUUGUUUCAAAAGCUGCAUCUAGUUCUCUAGAUGUGGCAAUAAACUCAGUCUCAGAACCAACAGUGGACGCGCAUGUAUUGAUGCCAACAAACUGUAUAACUAAAACAAUAGAAGGCAUGGAUAUAGAUGGGACGAGAAUUUCCAACUCAAAACCAGCAGCGGAUAUGAAUAUCGGACAGAAACGGAGAAGGGAUCCUAUCAUAGCAACUCCUGCUUGGUCAUGUUCUGAAGCAUCGUCUGUUGUGAAUCAAAUAAAUACCUCAUCUUGUUCACAUUCCGAAGAAGCUAGAAAAGAUUCCGCAUCUUUUAGGAGAUCAUCCUGCAAUAAAAAUAUUGCAAUGUGUUUUGUGGGAAGAGAGAUCGGUAUUAAUUGGCCUUUGUGCCGUUCACCUGGUGGAUAUGCUGAGAGGAAUCAGAGAAGGUGGAUCCCUUUAUUUGAAGGUUGGCAAUCGCUUGAAUGUCAAUUUGAAGGCCCGGCCGUGUUAUUGAAACGUAAAAUUUAUUCUUCAUGGGCUCCUACUUGGUGUGCCUACACAUCAAGCGUUGCUAUUGCGCAGCCUCAUGGGAGGCAAGGCGUACAAAAGGUUCUUGAUGUCAGAUUUCACCCAGAAGGGCUGCCUCAACUUAUUUGUAGCUCUAACGAGGGGCCAAAUGAGUUGCUUUUGUACAAUCUUCUCUCUGGGAGAGCAAUCCAACUUACUGGUCACGGUUGUCAGAUCCAAGCUGUUGAAUUCGCAGUGAGGGGUGCCAGCAUAGUUUCAUGUGGGUCAAAUCUGAUGAAGGUUUGGGACUGUACGACUGGUUCUUGUCUCUUCACAUUGGGCUCUCCUGUAAAUGACCAAGCAGUAGUUGGGCACACUCAAAAAAUCAAUACUAUGACAGUUAACAAGUGGCAAUCAUGUCUUGUGGUCACCGGUGGCGGGAUGGGGGAUGGCAAACUUCUACUAUGGAAUGCUUUGAGAGGAGAACUUGUUGCUGAUUUGAAUGCUAACUUAAGGGUUAAAAAUCAUGAUCUUUCUUCUAUAAAUACAACGGAAUUUUGUAACGAAACUCUUCUAGCUUGUGGAAGCGAUUUCGAUUGCGGUGGUUCAUCAGCUGUGCAAUUAUGGGAUAUUGAAUCUCCACAAUCCCUUCAGUGCUUCACCGCGAAUGAUUCUUUUAUUACUUCUCUCAAAGUAAAUCCACAAGGCAGCACCAUAAUCACAGGUGCUGUUAAUGGAACUGUUGGUUUAUUGGACAUCCGGACUUGUAAUGCAAUUAAUUAUCUUUCAGUUGGAUCGAGUUACGAGGUUACAUCCGUUUCAUUUAGCAGCUGUGGAAAAUACUUUAGUGCCUCAAGCACAUCAAAUAAUACACUUGUAUGGGAUACACGGCUCGUGCCAACAAGUGUACGAGACACUUUUUCGGGGAACGGUUUUUCAGCUAGGGAUCUGCGAUUGAUCCGACCACUACAUUGUUUGAGCCAUGGGAAGCAAAUGCCUACGGCUGAGCAUACCGGUCAACUUCCAGGCCAUGUCGAUGAGGGCUAUCAGGGCGUAAAUGAUGCUCGAUGGCUUCAAAGGGAGUCGGUUUUGAUCACUGCCAGUGGGGAUGGAAGCGUUGCAAUGUGGGAUGUUAAUCUUGGUAAACCAUGCGUCAGACAUUUGGCCAGCCAUUCUAGAUGUGUUAAUACUAUUGCCGUUGCACCUAAUGAUGAUUAUAUCUGCAGUGGGGGAGAUGAUCAAAAAGUUGUUUUGUAUCACAAUAAUAGAGGAAGAACUCGCCAGAAGUGGCGUCUGACUCAUCCUCUGUCCAGAAAAGCUCAGCAAGAUAAGUAAUAUGUCUCUGUUUCUCCGCACAACUGUUGCCCCCGAAAAAAGGUCUAAAUUUGUAAAGCUGUAAAUUUUGCUUUUGCCUGCGCAAAUAACUAAGUUAUAUAAUCAAUGAGAAGGUUCAUUUACUUGUUA